AAAAAAUCCGAAACCGCGUCGCGGAAACGUUUAAAAAGCGGACGCCUCCGGCCGACAGGACACAUAGUGCUUACGUAUUCUCCACGAUGGUGUACAGAGCGAUUGCGAUUUACGUCGCCGUCCAGUCGGUCGUCGUUGCGUCGCCUACCGCCACCAUAUCUCACGGCGAUAACGCCUCUCCGAUCGGAACGUUUUACCACCCGACGCCGGCUUCCAGGGCCAGGGGCAUACCGGAAGUUGGCAAACUACCCAGGACGUCGGCCAUAUCUAAAAAGUUUACGGCAAGCGGACCCGACACCAAACCCUGGCUCAAACUACAGACUAACGCAGGUAAUAACCAUUUGCCGCGCAACGGGCGCAUACCAACUAUAAUGGAUCCAUAUCAACCGUCUAGGCCACGAUCCAACCACAUUCGCUUGGAAGAACCAUACAGGCCACCCGUUUCGGAGGAGGAAAGGGCGGAAAAGAUCAAUUCUGAUCUGGAGAAGAUGAUACAGUUCAUGACGGUUUUGGGCCAAGUUGACCGGUAUCUAUCAUCGAGAGCAAAAUCCUUCGUCAGCACACUGGGCCGGGCUAUGGAAAACAAUCCUGACGAUCAUCACCUUUAUAACGACAAGGAUAUGUCGUCUUUUGAAUACUGAGUUCCACUCGUUUUAUUUAACUUAACAUUAUGCGUUUUAUUAUUAUUACCUAUUAUUUAUUUUAUACACUAACUUUUUUAUGUUUAUUAUAAUUUAUUAUCAAUAAAAACCAUAAAAUUAAUUUA